AUGGCUUCCUCCGCCUCCCCCCUUCCACCUCCCUCUUUGCCUGUUAAACAGGAACCCAAGACGGCUUCCGACCCAUCCCAUCGGUCUCAUUCUGAUAUUCAAGCCUAUCCAUCUCCCGUCCCUCCUCCACCAUCGGCCAUAUCUCCAUCUGCGACUCGAACACACGCCCCUCGGUCAGAUAGGUCAGAUACCUACAGCUUGCCUCCAGCCCGCCACUGGCAGCCGGCGUCGGUGAACGACUCAUUCAUCCGCUCUGACGCCCCACCGCCACCAACAUACAAAGCACCCCCUUCUGCUCCCACGGCCCCUUCGGCCCCUUCGGCCCCUGGUACCCGGGACGGCAGUGAGCCUGUUUUUCUGCAAAUGAGAAACCGAGCCAUGGCCUUUGAGAAUCCGGCUCACCAGAGCCAAGGCGAUAGCUUUUUCGAUGGCUCUUUCCGGGACAUCGGCGCCAAGCUGAAAGCCUGCAACGAUACCCUGGGAGAGCUGCAGCAGAUCGGCGUUUCCCACAUCGUCUCGCUUCCCAAAUUGGUUCUCGUGGGCGAUCAAUCCGCCGGAAAGUCCAGUCUCAUGUCCGGCCUGGCUGGUCUCAACCUGCCGCGCAGCGAGGGCGUCUGUACCCGUUGUCCCAUUCACAUCCGCGUCUCGCGCCAUCACGAGUGGUCCUGCAGGGUCUCCCUGCAGCUCGACUACGCCUUCAAGCCGCCCAUGGACCGAAGCAUUGAGAGGAGCGACGUCACCCCAGAGACCCCGUUUCCCCCCUGGGUCAGACAGCCGCGAGAGGUCAAGGAGUUCAUGACCAUUUAUGCCCACAACCAGUCGGAGAUCGAGAACGUCCUCCGCUGGGCCCAGGUCGCCAUUCUCAACCACGACCAAAACUCGGACCACUACAUCCCCGGCCGCGGUACCAUUGCCCGCACCCACGACCUCGCCCGCGAAGCUGAGGAGACAAAGGCCAAGUUCAGCCCCAAUACCGUCGCCCUCGAGAUCAAGGGCCCCGACCUGCCCGACCUUUCCUUCUAUGACCUUCCCGGUAUCUUCCGUAAUUCCGCCAGGGAAGAGGAUGAGUACCUCGUUCAGGUCGUCGAGAACUUGGCCCGCGAGUACAUUGCCCACCAAGAUGCUCUCAUCAUCUGGGCCGUGCCCAUGAACGCCGACCCGGAGACGUCCUCGACUCUGAGCAUCAUCCGGGAGCUGAAGGCCCAAGCCCGUACCAUCGGCGUCAUGACCAAAGCCGAUCUGCUCCCCAAUGACGGGCACCAGAGUCAUCACCAGUGGCUCUCUAUCCUUCGAGGAGAGCGGCACCAAAUUGGCCACGAGUACUUCAUUACGUCACGAAUGUCAGACAAGGGCCUCGAGGAUCAGGCUCGCUGGGAAGGGGCUUUGUUCAGUGAGAACGGCCAUGAAAAGUGGCCUGCGGUCUUCUCGGAGUUUCGUGACCGGUGCGGCGUCGAGCGACUGAAGACGGCCUUGUCAGAGAAGUUGGGCAAGGAAUUUGCUAAGAACUUACCUUCCAUCAAGAAGAAGGUCCUUUCCGAACUCAACAAAUACGAGAAAGAACUGGAUCGACUGCCCGGACUCCCGCAAAAUGUUCAGCUCGAGGUUCAAAAGGGCCUCCGAGAAUUCACCAGCGUCGUCAAGGAUAAGCUGAAGGGGAAGGAAUUCUCGUCUCACUACGGCAAGCUGGCCGAGGCCUUCCGCGACUGUCUCCUCCAUACCAAGCCCAAGUUCGUUUUGCGCGACCCGACAGACACGCCCGUGUUUGAGAUUUCCGACGACGAAGACGAGGCCAGCACGCCGACCGGCCCUCCUCGUAAACGGUCGGCCCCUGGGACCAACGGCUUUCAGGCGCCCAAACGUGGGCGGGCGAACAACGGCAGCGCCUUCAACGGCGGUGGCCCUAGCGCACAUGGGUCAUUUUCUCGUUCCCAGUCUUACGGCGUCAAGGUGGAAGAGGGCAAUGCAUCUGAUGUUACGACUCCUCAGACGCCGGUGCGGAGACGGGGCCCCCCUUCCGCCCCAGCUCCGUUUGAGGCCUACAGCAAACACGGCAGCCGGUUUCGCACCAUCCGCCAGAUUCGCCAGGACAUCCAAGCGAAAACGAAAGCCGGCAUGCCGAACCUUGUGCCCGACGAGGUAUACGAAGACCUGUGCAAGCAGGCGGUUCGGCAUUGGAACGGGCCCUUGCAGACGCUGAUCGAGACGACGCGCCAACUGCUGAACGACAUCAUCAACCAGGCGCUCAACCAGGCGUUCGUCAACCUCAAGAAGCGGCUCAUCUUCAAGGAGUCCAAGAGGUACAUGCAGAGCUUCCUGCAGGACAGCGCGUCGGUGACGGAGCAGUUCCUGCACGAGUUCUACCGCAUGGAAACGUUCCAGUUGUUCACCAUCAACCGGGACUCAUUUUCGCACUACGAAAAGGAGGAGGGCCGCCUGCUGACUCGCUACCGGCAUGUCGUGCGGUGGGACUCCUUCAUCGGCGCGAAGCGCGACGGCGGCGGGAGCGAGCACGGCGAGAACCCGCCGCCGGGGGCCAACUUCCAGGACUGGGACCGCAUGACGCCCGAGCAGCGCGCGAGCGAGGAGAAGCGGCACGCGGCCGAGCUGGUCAAGAUGGGGCCCGACCCGUUCGAUAAGGAGGUCCGGGUCGCUUCGUACGUGCGGGGGUACUACCGCCUCGCGGCCCUGCGGUUCGCCGACACGGUUCCGCUGUAUAUCACGUCCCGCAUGUUUCCCGACAUCGUGAACCAGCUGGACUACCACUUGGACCAGAAGCUGGGACUCCUUGACGAGGGCGCGCACGCGGCGUACCUGCGCUUGAUGGACGAGGAUCUGGCCACGGCGGAGAAGCGGACUCGGUGCAAGGUUACGGUGCGGAAACUGAACCAGGCGCUUGAUUCGAUCCGUGGUCUGGAGGCGGAGGCGGCUGAUGUUGAGGCGGCUGAUGUUGAGACGGCGACGCUUGCCGGGGAUGGCAUGCCCCCGAGGGCUUAUCCCCCGGCGCCUUACGCCCAGAUGAUACCCGAGAGUGCGGCUUCGGAUUGCAUUUGA